AUGAUAAAAGUCGAUGAGAAGUGCUUCUUAAGUUUUGAGAACCCACGAGAAACUCACUUGUUCUUGUAUUCCUUAUAAAUAUCAUCCAUUUGUAGCUUCACUCGUACUCGCACUCACACUUGCACGCUUCUUAAUUCGUUCACUCCACAAAGUAUAUGCAUCUUAAACUUCUCCUCCCAAAGCCCAACAACUUGCAAAAAUUACAUAAAUUCCUAGCCCAAAAAACUUGAUCAGUGAACAAACAUGGGAAGUUCCGUGCGCGUAAAAGAAGCAUCAGUGAUUACACCUUCUGAGCCCACUCCAUCAAGCGUGUUGGCUCUAUCAGCUCUUGAUUCACAACUCUUCCUUCGUUUUACCAUAGAGUAUCUGUUGGUCUACAACCCUUGCCCAGGCCUGGACCAGGCUGCCACCACGGCCCGUUUAAAAGCCGCAUUAGCCCGAGCGCUGGUUCUUUAUUAUCCUUUUGCGGGCCGGGUCAGGCCUAGGCCCGAUGGCCCUGGCCUGGAGGUGGUGUGUGGAGCCCAAGGCGCGGUGUUCAUAGAAGCCUCCGCUGACUGUUACAAUGUUAACGACUUCGAGAAAGCGCCUAAAACAGUUACGCACUGGAGGUCUCUCUUGUCGCUCCACGUGGCAGACGUUCUCAAAGGAUCGCCGCCGUUGGCGGUUCAGCUGACGUGGCUCCGCGACGGCGCCGCCGCACUCGGCGUCGGGAUCAACCACUGCAUCUGCGACGGGAUCGGCAGCGCGGAGUUUCUAAACCACUUCGCCGAGUUAGCCAACGAGAAACGCGAGUUAUUAUUAGGUCUCAGGCCCAAACAAAAACCUGUCUGGGAGCGUCACCUUCUGAACCCGCCGCGUGGGAAGCAGACGCGGGUUGACUCGGCGAGUCACCCCGAGUUCAACCGAGUCGCUGAUUUAUGCAACUUCAUGAGCAAGGUCUCGACGGGGCUUAAACCAACAUCGGUGACCUUCGACAAGAGGAGACUCAACGAGCUUAAGCGACUGGCGCGUUGCACGAGUCAACCAGGCGAGUCGGUGUGUUACACGUCGUUCGAGGUGCUAGCGGCGCACGUGUGGAGAAGCUGGGCGAGAGCAAUAGGGUUUCCGCCGAACCAGAAGCUGAAGCUGGUGUUCAGUGUAAACGUGCGGAACCGGGUUAAACCGGGUUUGCCGGAGGGGUAUUAUGGGAACGCGUUUGUUUUGGGGUGUGCGGAGACGAGUGCAAAGGAGUUGGAGGAAAGAGGGAUCGGGUUCGGGUCGGGUUUGGUGAAGCGGGCAAAGGAGAGGGUGGGGAACGAGCACGUGAGGGAGGUGAUGGAGUUGGUGUGGGAGAGAAAAGCGUGCCCUGACCCGGUUGGGGUGCUGAUAGUGUCGCAGUGGUCUCGGUUAGGGUUGGAGAAGAUUGACGUGGGUAUGGGGAAGCUUCUUCACGUGGGACCCGUGUGCUGCGAUAGGUACUGUUUGUUUUUGCCGCUCAGGGAACACUGUGUGAGUGUCAAGGUCAUGGUGGCUGUCCCCACUCUCGCCGUUGACAAUUACCAGCUUUUCAUGCGCGCGUCGCACCUGUGACUUGUGACGCAAACGUGCUUUUUUUUUUUUAAGAAUUUAAAAUGGUGUCCAAAAUUUUAUAAUAAUUAUAAUCUACGUAUUUUACUCAAUUAAUGGAACUGAACUUUUCACCUUAAA